AUGGCUCGCAGUGUGUCUUACCUUAUUCAGGAUCCUAAAUACUCCUUCUUGAAGGAGUUAGGGCUCCAAGAAAAGAAUGUGGGUGUCUUCAACGGGAAAUGGGAAGCUAAUGGUCAGGUUAUCCAAUCAAUCAGCCCAGCCAGUGGCAAAGUGAUAGCUGAAGUUCAGGCAGCGAGUCCAGCAGACUACGAAGCGUGUGCCGCUGCUGCACAAGAGGCAUGGCAUACGUGGGGUGAACUCCCCGCGCCAACAAGAGGAGAGAUCGUCAGACAAAUCGGAGAUGCCUUGAGAGAGAAACUACAACCACUAGGACAGCUAGUGUCUUUGGAAAUGGGUAAAAUUCUGCCUGAAGCGAUCGGAGAGGUGGUAGAAUACAUUCAUGUAUGCGAUUUGGCUCUUGGUUUAUCCCGAUCACUACCCGGUACCAUAUUUCCCUCCGAGCGACCAGGUCACGUUCUCAUUGAAAAAUGGAACCCACUUGGUGCCAUCGGUAUUAUCACAGCCUUCAACUUCCCCGUUGCUGUGUUCGGUUGGAAUAGCGCCAUUGCUAUGGUUUGCGGUGACGUCAGUGUAUGGAAGCCUUCGGAAACUACACCUCUGAUUUCUGUAGCCGUCACUAAGAUUGUGGAGAGCGUGUUACAAAAGAAUAACAUCCCCGGGGCUGUUGCCGCGUUGUGUGUCGGUGGUAAGGACAUCGGUGCUCAACUGGUCAAAGACGAGAGGAUGAAGCUGGUCUCUUUCACUGGCAGUACUGCUGUUGGACAACAGGUGGGCGUAGAAGUUCAGAAGCGAUUUGGUCGCCACCUCUUAGAACUUGGUGGCAACAACGCGAUUAUCGUAAACGAGGACGCCAAUCUUGAUCUACUGUUGAACGCGGCAUUGUUUGCGUGUGCCGGUACAGCUGGGCAGCGAUGCACUACAACCAGAAGACUGCUUAUUCAUAAGAAGGUAUUCAAUGCGGUGGUAUCCCGCCUGAAAAAGGCCUACGCAGGUGUCAUUAGCAAGAUUGGCGAUCCUCUACUUUCGGAAACGCUUAUUGGUCCUCUACACACACCGGCUGCAGUUGAAGCUUACAAGAAGACUGUGGCUGAGGUUGUGAAGCAAGGCGGAAAGAUUGAAUUUGGUGGAAAGGUAAUGGACCGCGAAGGUUACUUUGUAGAGCCGACUAUUGUCACGGGUCUACCACACGACUCACCUCUUGUCAAAACAGAAUGUUUUGCACCUAUCGUAUACUGCAUUGAGAUCCCUGACCUCGACACUGGUAUUAAGUACAACAACGAAGUAGAACAAGGACUUUCCUCUAGUCUUUUUACUGAGAAUCUCGGAGAUGUGUUUAAGUGGAUCGGUCCUCAUGGGUCUGACUGCGGCAUUGUCAACGUUAACAUCCCUACAAAUGGCGCGGAAGUUGGCGGAGCCUUUGGAGGAGAAAAGGCCACGGGAGGCGGUCGGGAGUGCGGUUCUGACUCUUGGAAGAAUUACAUGAGGCGGUCUACUGUUACCAUAAAUUACUCGGGAACCAUAAAACUGGCACAAAACAUCAAGUUUGGAGACGAAUAG